AUGUUCCGACGUGCCAAGACCAAGGCGAUAGCCACACCACCCUCCGACGGCGAGGUGCGGGUGCAUAAGGUCGAGAAGAUCGAGCUCGUCCGCAACCUUGUGACCAAGCCAUCGAUGUACUCUGGCGCCAACCCGAUGGCAGCAUCAACCAUGAGGCGAGGUGCUGCCGGUCAUGGCACGGCCGCCACCACCGGUAAGGCUACGGGCGCCUCGAGGCCGGGCGUCGUGUCCAUAGAGGAUAUUAACAAGAGGUCUGAGGCCUACAUCCGGGAGAGGAAGAGGCUCUUCCAGGGCCUGAAGUAG